UGCAAACUCAGUCCUGCUCUGCUGUACAGGGUGCAGGGCAGAAGGGAGAGCCAAUCACCGAAACGCACAGGCUCCCUUUAAGCCUGACAUAUCUCCAACAGGAACAAAUUGUCCCAACAAUCAACAUCCCAAUCUGCUGCGCGCAUCAGGGGUUGGAGAGGAGUGGAUAGCCUACAGGCCCGCACCGCGCGGAAAGGAUUGCACUGCGACAAAAAACAGCGAUAACACCAUUAUAAACACAAUAAAGCACUGCAGCCGCUUUGGAUAUCACGCGUUUGGGCGGAGGGGUGAGCUCGGACAACAUGUCAAUAUUACCGUCCUUCGGGUUCACGCAGGAGCAAGUGGCGUGCGUCUGCGAGGUGCUGCAGCAGGGAGGAAACCUGGAGAGACUCGGCCGCUUCCUCUGGUCCCUGCCCGCCUGCGACCACCUCCACAAGAACGAGAGCGUCCUCAAAGCCAAGGCGGUGGUGGCUUUUCACCGGGGGAACUUCCGAGAGCUUUACAAGAUCCUGGAGAGCCACCAGUUUUCCCCGCACAACCACCCGAAGCUGCAGCAGCUGUGGCUGAAGGCGCACUACGUGGAGGCGGAGAAGCUGCGCGGCCGGCCGCUCGGAGCCGUGGGGAAGUACCGGGUGCGGAGGAAAUUCCCGCUGCCGCGCACGAUAUGGGACGGCGAGGAGACCAGCUACUGCUUCAAAGAGAAGUCCAGGGGAGUCCUGAGAGAGUGGUACACGCACAACCCGUACCCGUCCCCGCGGGAGAAGAGGGAGCUGGCCGAGGCCACGGGACUGACCACCACGCAGGUCAGCAACUGGUUCAAAAACAGACGGCAGAGGGACAGAGCUGCAGAGGCGAAGGAGAGGGAGAACAGUGAAAACAACAACGCAGGCGGCAACAAACAGAACCAGCUGUCCCCUCUGGAUGGAGGAAAGUCUCUCAUGUCCAGCUCGGAGGACGAGUUUUCUCCACCUCCGAGCCCCGACCAGAACUCUGCGCUUUUGCUCCAGGGCAGCAUGAGCCACCCCGGGGCCUCCGCCUACCCCAUGUCCGGGCUGGGGGGCCCUCAGCCGGGGCACGGCAUGCACGGACACCCACACCAACUGCAGGACUCCUUGUUGGGACCUCUAACCUCCAGUCUUGUGGAUUUGGGCUCUUAAAGAGCCUUCCAGAUUAUUAUAUUUUACCAAAGCAGAAAAACAACAACAUCAACAACAAAAAGGACUGAUACGUGUAUCAGAUUGAAAACAUGUACGACAUAACAUUAUAGUAGCUAUCUUAUAAUAUAGACUGACUUGUCUGUCGUUAAAUUUGGUUAGAACAAAAUUCCCGAAUGCGCUUAAUCCAUAUCCCCCUCAACGGUGCGUUUUUCCGAGCUCCUGCUUAAAAACACAAAAACAGGAUUACUUUGAAACUCUUACCUGGAUGAAACACUUAACCGGACUGCCCACUUGUUUAAUUUAUGAUAUUUUGUUAAGAUACCAAAACAAUUAUAGCAACGUCCUGCGAUGGAAACUAAAAGGUAACGUUUUCCUUAGAGUCAUGGUAAUUAGUUUCCAAUAAAACAAAAGUAGUGCAUUUGUCUCUGUGUUAUUUGUGUAUUUAUAGAAAAUGGACUAAACAUGUGCUAAUCUAAUGAAUCAGAGGAUAAACACUAUUUUGUUUUCAAUAACUCUUGAAAUAAAAGUUGUUUUUUUAAAUCAGCAUUAUGUGCUGAUG